AUGGAGAAUAAUUUCGAGCGAGUAGAACGCGAGCUGUUGGAGCAAGCAAAUGGAGUCACUACUUUGAGCGAGUGUUUUAUGUGGUUGCAGCGAUGCGACGAGAUUAUACAACAGCUUGAGGAACAUAGCCGCAUAAAGCGUCCUCGGCUUGCCGUCGGACAAAGACAAUCGUUGGUGGCGAGGAUCGCGCGACUCGAAGGUGAAAAGACACAAUUACAAAGACGUUUCGUGCAUGUAGGGGGUAAUUACGCGAGCACUAGUAAUAACGCGAACAAACUCAUGUGGCGAGAGAUAGAUACAGCGUUCGAGAAUCGCAUUCAGACAGGUGCAGUGAUAAAUACAAACUAUAUUGAACCGCGAACGUUUUUAGAAGACGCAGGCGGUAUAGUGCUCAAGCGAGUGCGGGACGCUCUAGAGGAACACAACAGUGUAAAAGUGAAUACAGCAUUCAACAGCGUGUUUGUAACGGGUGAUAAACAUGCCAACAAAACGCUAUCGCGAAUUCUUAAUUUGAUUCUAAAUAUAAAUAAGUACAAUCCUCUACACGCGGGGUGUUACGUGACAUUACCGCGAAAAAUAAUGAUGAAGCAUGCAGUAGUGAACGUUAAUUCAAAGGACAAUGCAUGCUUCGCGUGGUCAGUGGUCGCCGCGCUACACCCUGUCGAAAGACAUAGUGAUAGAGAGUCAUCGUAUCCGCAUUAUGCAACAGUCCUAAAGUUUGAUGACAUUGCGUUUCCCGUUACAGUAAAGGACAUUGGAAAAUUUGAGAGUCUUAACAAUAUAUCGAUCAACGUCUACGGGAUAAAAAAGGAAAUGGCAAUGCUAAAGAUUCUUCCGCUGCGGCUCUCCAAUGACAAGAAAGAAAAGCAUGUCAAUUUAUUAUACGUACAAAAUCCGCACGAAGACAGCGUGGGCCACUUUGUCUGGAUAAAAAAUCUGUCCCGCCUCAUCAGCUCCCAACUGAGCAAACAUGAUGGAAAAAGAUACAUUUGCGAUCGGUGCUUGCACUAUUUUUUAUCAUGCGAGAGGUUGCAAUCACACACUGUAGACUGUCAGAGGAUGAACGACUGCGCUAUCACAUUGCCUGCCGAAGACGACAAGUGGUUGAAUUUCCGGAAUAUAAACCACAAGGAACGAGUGCCCUUUAUCGUCUACGCGGACCUCGAGUGUGUGCUGCGGAAGACGCAACAUGAUACAGAGCAAGCGUCGUACACAUAUCAACAACAUGAGGUAUUCAGCAUCGGGUAUUACGUGCGAUGCUCAUACGACGACACGUUAUCCACGUACCGGUUUCGUCGCGAUAAAGAUUGCGUCGCGUGGUUCACUAAACAACUAGAAGAAUUAGCGUAUAAUGUUAAGACUCGUUUAUCAACUAAUAUCCCCAUGGAAACGUUAUCGGUGGAACAAUUGGAGGCAUAUCAUAGCGCGACGCAGUGUCAUAUCUGCGAUAAGCCAUUCGCGCCGGAUGAUACGCGGGUGCGCGAUCAUUGUCAUUUGACUGGUCGUUACCGCGGUCCUGCACAUUUUCUCUGUAAUUUAAAUUAUCGAAAUGCAUCAUACAUGCCAAUUAUUUUUCAUAACUUAUCUGGAUACGAUUCGCAUUUCAUUAUUAAGGAAAUCACAGCCUUCAAAGGGAAGACCGAUGUACUUCCCAUCACGAAAGAAAAGUAUAUUUCUUUUACAAAACAUGUCGUAGACACAGCCGAUAAAUUAGAUCCACACAAUUACAUAAAACUACGGUUCAUAGAUUCAUAUAAAUUUUUAAAUACUAGUCUCGAAAAAUUGGCAUCAUUUCUAGGCAAAGAAAAAUUAAAAAUUGUACGUUCCGAAUUUUUACACUUAUCUAAUGAGGAUUUUGAUUUAUUGACACGAAAAGGUGUAUUUCCGUAUGAGUACGUUGACUGCGUGAACAAGCUGCAGGACACGUGUUUACCGCCGCGCGAAUCAUUUUUCAGUUCCCUGACCUCUGAUACUGUAUCCGAGAGCGAUUACAUGCACGCUGAGAAUGUCUGAAAGCGAUUCUCCGUUCAAACAUUGGGUGAAUACAGCGAUCUAUAUUUGAAAACGGAUGUGUUAUUGUUAGCUGACAUUUUUGAAAAUUUUCGCGAUAAAUGC